AUGAGCAUCGGCCGGGCCCAAUUCAUCUACAGCGUGCCGCAGACGCCGUGGCACGUGAUCGUCACCGACCAAAGCAAGCAUUUCUACUUCAACUCCUCCACAAAAAAAUCCGUGUGGCAAAUCACCGAAACGGAGCCCGGGCUCGAGCUGAAGUUGGACUACAAUGAGUUAGCAGUGCUUUUUGCAAAAGCCAGAGGUUUUGGCGGCGAGACGAGACUUGAAAGAGAAGAGAGAGUCAAACAGGAAACAGAGAAGAGGUUCGAGCAGACAGAGUCAAUUGGGAAGUCAAUUGACGAGGAAGCAAAGGGUGAAGAGGACUUUGAUGAGCAGAAACUGGACGAAGAUGCAGAGGACCUUGAAGAUGCGGAAGAGUCUGAGAAAGAAACCAACGUGGAGGAUCCGUAUGCGCUUAUACAGGCGGUUGUGGAGGAGAAAGGAGGAGUGGAGGAAAAAGACGAACUGGCAGACGAUGUGGAGAAGUCUGCUGGCAUUGGGGCACUUCAAGGGUACCUGAGCAGUGAAGAGGAGGAGGAGAAGGAGAGUGAGAAGGAGGAAGGGGUCGACGAGAUAGAGGCCGAAGAUCCAUUAAAUCUUGACCUCAACGAUGAUACUAUGAAUGAUGACCCAGUUGCUGCGUUUAAAGAGCUCCUAUCGCAGCACCAGGAUAAGUUUUCCCGGUACGAUCCGUGGUUCAUUGUGAGUGAGGAGCUCGUCUCAGAAUUGGCCCAGGAACCUGCUUUUUAUAGUCUUUCAGAUGCUGACAAAGAGAGGGUGUACGAUGAGUGGGUGAGAGAGACAGAGAAGGAGGAGCAGAGUGGGCAGAGCGGGCUGAAUGGGAUAUACCCUUCGCCUACGUUACGGUUCUAUCAGGAGCUUCAGGAACACAAAAGCGACUUGAGGAAGCUUCCUUAUAAGGAAUUUGUGGAAAAGUUUUCGGUUACAAAUGUGGGCUUGGACGAGCCUGAGAAAGUGUACCGAAAGCUACGAGCAACGCUUGUGGAGUUUGCUGAGUACGAGAAGCAGGCCAAGAAGAGCGGCCAAAGCCAGGGCCAAAACCUCAAAGUGAAGCGAGUGGCCGACUUUGUUCAGGAAGAGCUCAAGCUGGGGGAAUAUGGAAAGAGAUGUGGAAAUCGCUCAAGAGGCAUCGUUCUUCGACCAGUGGGUGGCCUUGUGCAAUGCAUUCGAAUUGCCUCCAGAAAUGGUCGAGAGUCCCAUUAA